AUGCUUUUACAUUUCUGCUCAAGUCUUCACGCGCUUCUUAAUUCUCAUUUUCCCUUUAAAUACAUCCUCACCCCCUCUCAUCUCUUCACCUAUACACACUCUUUGUAAGCAUCUCGUUGAAACCCCUUCUCUCCAUCCAUUCAACAAUGGCUGGACCAGCUCCCACGCCCCUUUUGAAAGAUGAGCUAGAUAUAGUCAUCCCCACCAUUCGAAACCUUGAUUUUCUUGAAAUGUGGAGACCCUUUUUUGAGCAAUAUCAUUUGAUUAUUGUUCAGGAUGGUGAUCCUUCAAAGACCAUUAAGGUCCCUGAAGGGUUUGAUUAUGAGUUAUAUAAUCGAAAUGAUAUUAAUAGGAUUUUGGGUCCUAAGGCUUCUUGCAUCUCGUUCAAGGACUCAGCUUGUAGGUGUUUUGGGUACAUGGUUUCCAAGAAGAAGUACAUCUAUACCAUUGAUGAUGAUUGCUUUGUUGCCAAAGAUCCUUCCGGCAAAGAAAUUAAUGCACUUGAGCAGCACAUCAAGAACCUGCUGAGCCCAGCAACUCCAUUCUUCUUCAACACCCUGUAUGAUCCUUACAGAGAUGGUGCUGACUUUGUCCGUGGUUACCCAUUCAGUCUUCGGGAGGGUGCCCCUACUGCAGUAUCCCAUGGCCUCUGGCUUAACAUCCCAGAUUAUGACGCACCCACUCAGCUUGUUAAGCCUCGUGAGAGGAACACUAGGUAUGUUGAUGCAGUGCUGACCAUCCCUAAGGGAACUCUCUUCCCCAUGUGUGGUAUGAACUUGGGAUUCGACCGUGAACUAAUUGGCCCUGCAAUGUACUUCGGCCUUAUGGGUGAUGGUCAGCCAAUUGGACGUUACGACGACAUGUGGGCUGGUUGGUGCAUCAAGGUGAUCUGUGAUCACAUGGGCUGGGGAGUGAAGACUGGACUGCCAUACAUCUGGCACAGCAAAGCAAGCAACCCAUUUGUGAACUUGAAGAAAGAAUACAAAGGUAUCUACUGGCAAGAAGAGCUGAUCCCCUUUUUCCAGGCUGUUAAGCUUCCUAAAGAGUGCACCACUGUUCAGCAAUGCUACCUUGAGCUCUCGAAAGAGGUGAAGGCAAAGCUUGGAAAGGUGGACGAUUACUUCAUCAAGCUUGCCGAUGCCAUGGUUACAUGGAUCGAAGCUUGGGAUGAGUUGAACCCAUCCGGUGCCUCUGCAGCGACAGCUACAGCUGCCAAGGUCUCCAAUGGCCCCAAGAAAUAGAGAAUUAGCAGCAUUGUGAUGUGAUCUUUUGGGAGAGAUGAGGGAGGCAAACAUAUUUAUCCUAAUAGUAAUACUUUUGCUUUGAGGAUUAGGAUCUGAGUUAUUUACUUUGCAGUGUUGAGGGUAUCUGUUAGCUACUUACUAUUAUUGUCUUUAUUUGGAUUACUUCAUAUAUUAUGCAUUUUUAAAUUUUAAUUAAAACAUUGAGCAUUAUUUGUUUAA